CGCCAAGUUUCCACAUUUGGCGCCCACGCGUCCCUACUUGGACAGCAGACUCCCCCGCCACCACAGGUUUCAGUCACACUUUCAGUAAUGUAAGUAAUUAAGGUAGCAACCUAGUAAGAAAGUCUGCACUACAGGUACAUACUUCAGACAGCCUCACAUCAGCCACCGCGAGGUACCUCCACCUGAGAGCAUGACCCGCACUCCGAAGACCACAUCCGGACGGACCCGCCAAGAGUCUCAGUUGCUUGCGCGUGGAACCAUCACCUCCCCCUUGGUGGAAUGCAGCCGUCGCCCGAAAGGCAGCGUGGCCUGGGCAAGCAAGGCUUAACCUGCAACCUCCUUCAUCCCUCUACCAACCGCGUCAUCACCAUCGUCCUGCGAUAUGCCACUCCCACUUCUGCCUCUUUCUCCCACUAUCCUCCCCCUCCUCCUCCUCCUCCUCCUCCCACCAUCAUCCCGUCAUGGCCGACUCUCAUUUUGAGCUGGAGAGUGGGGAGUGGAAGGAUGCACCGACAUUAGCAGAUGAACCGAACACACUGGCUGCCGUAUCGACCGUCAUACGGAACAUUGUCCUGCAAGCCUAUGUACGAGCGACGCAAUCACGAGCCCUCUCCACUCUGAUACCCAAGUCCGUGGCCAAAUCAUGGGAGCAAAUCACUCCGGCUUCAGCUCCUAGAACUACUUCCAGGACCGCGUCGUAUGAUGGACUCCGAGGCUUAGCAUGUCUGGUCGUCUUCCACUUCCACUUCCUCUAUCCCUACAGCGAUAGCAUGAAACAUGGCUUCGGCAGCAAUGCCGAGAACAGAUAUAUUCUGCAGCUACCUAUCAUCUGUCUCUUACUCCGAGGACGAGCCAUGGUCACCCUCUUCUUUGCCAUAUCGGGUUAUGUUCUCAGCUACAACUUUCUCGCCUCUUGCCGAGAGAAGCAGUGGGAUAACGCCUUCUCGAGAUUGGCCUCGCUGACUUUGAGACGUUGGUUGAGAUUAUUCUUGCCUGCUACCUUCACUAUGAUGCUGGUGUGCAUCGGAGUGCAGCUGGGAUUCUAUAGCUCGGCGAGAGAAUUACAGUUCAACCCGCUAGCAGCGGGCAAAUGGGAAGAACAUCCACCUCAUUUUCCCGAUCUUCGGACUCAAAUCAAGGACUUUGCAGGAAUGUGGUGGGUGUGGUCGAGUCCAUUUCGAUGGGAUCUCAACUACACGCCUUACGAUCCACACACAUGGACCAUCCCUGUGGAGCUCAGAUGCUCGCUGAUACUCUUCGUCUUCCUCGUCGGCUCGGCUGGAUUAAAGCAGCGAUGGCGAACUGGUCUUACUCUGCUCGUAGCGACGUACUGCUUAUUCCAGAAUCGUUGGGAUGUCGCGACCUUCAUCGGGGGAGCUCUCGUUGCUGAUUUACAUCAAGCUGCAUUGUAUCGCGAAGGUCAGAAAGUGCCGCCGCAUGUGGACAGCAGCGCUGUGACUACUGCGCCACCCAAGGGGUCUGCCAUCACUACUACGCUUAAAUGGCUAUUGCUCGCGACAUCUCUCUACGUCCUCUCCUUCCCCGACAACCUCUCCAAGAAGACUCCCGGGUAUCGAUUUUUACGCAGCAUCACACCACCCAGCUACCGCGAAGCCCACUUUUUCUGGCAUGCCUUUGCCUCCAGCUUUGUCCUGUGGUGUGUGCAAGCCAUUCCUCAGAUUCGGAUGUUUUUGAGCUCUCCGAUUCCCCAAUAUCUCGGAAAGACGUCUUUUGCCCUCUACCUGGUGCAUGGACCCCUCUUGCACUCGAUUGGAUUCAAUCUGCAACCGAAAAUCUGGGAAGUGACGGGGAGCGACACGAUGGUGCCCUGGUGCGCAGGACUGUUUGUGGGGUGGUUGGUCAUGUUUCCCCUGUCGAUGAUGACAGCAUAUGUGUUUUACAGAUUUGUCGAUAUACCACUCGUGCGGCUCGCCAGGUAUAUUGAGAGCUUGGCGAGGGAUGACACGGCAUUUCGGAAGCCCCGUGCGGAAGACGAGAAGGGUCCCAGCGCGCAGACAUGACGAUGAUUGAUGUGUGUGCAUCCAGCUUAAUAUGUAACCUGGAAAUGGCUUACUGGUUAUUCGCCAGCAUAGACGUGAUUACUGCAUAUAGAUUCGAUUGCACUCUGUUGCAGAAGCACCAACGACGACACCGACCAAG